UGAUUAGGUCCUAUGAUGGUGUCACUUGAAUAGAUAUGUGGACAGAGCUGGCAUCGGGCUUUGUUGCAAGAAUAGGUUCCUGGCUUAGUGUUUAUGUUGCAUGAUGUGCGGUUGCUGGCGAGUAUUUGCUUCAGGUUGGGAGGCUGUCUGUAUGCGAGGACUGGCCUGUCUCUCAAGAUCUGUGAGAGUGAGGGAUCAUCUUUUAGGAUAGGUUGUAGACCUCUGAUGAUGCGCUAGACAGGUUUUAAAUGGGGGCUCCAGGUGACGGGUAGUGGUGUUUGUUAUUUUCUUUGUUGGGCCUGUUCUGUAGUAGGUGGCUCUGGGUUCUCUUCUGGCUCUGUCAAUCUGUUUUUUCCUUCAGCAGGGCUAAAAUUCAGAAUAACAUGAACUCACAGCUGGUGAUUCCUGGCUUGAUCAUCUUGGCCAUUAAACUUGUCGGAAUGUCCCUGUUCAUUGUAUAUUUUUCACAGAUCUUCUCCACUGAAGACGCAACAGAGAACUCUUGGUCUUCAACCAGCAGUGGAAGAACAGACUGCCCGAUACGGUGGACUUUUCAAAGGGGAAAAUGCUACUUCUUUUCUGUUCAGGAAAAGACUUGGAAUGCCAGUCAAAGAGCAUGUUCUGAAGCAAACUCUAGUUUAGUGAUCAUCAACAGCAAAGAGGAACUGGAGUUUCUCCAUAGUAACACAAAAGCUGAAGAUUACUUCAUUGGCUUGUCAGUUAGAGGAGCUGAAGGUAGAUGGAAAUGGAUUGACAACACAGAGCUUAACACAGACAUAUUUAUGAAACGUUUGAAUAGUGACACCUCUGCUUGUGUUGUAAUCGGAUUAACUGUCGUGGGUACUAUAUCUUGUUCUGUACCAAACCGGUGGAUCUGUGAAAAGAAAGCAUAACAGCUCCCUUGGACAGAGGAAGAC